AUGUCCCACGCCCGGUAUGCCUUGUCGGACGACGAGGAGGACGACGUGCGCGCCGCGCAGCCCUCGUCGUCGUACGCAUCGGUAAAAGACGAGGUGCCUCGCGCGCCGAGUCCCCUGCCCUUUGCGGCCGAGAUCAAGGAGGAGACGAUCGGCGAGCCCGAGCCGAGCGUCGUGCAGCUUGCGCACCAGUGGCUGAAUGAGCGCGGCGCGCCGGAAAUCCAGCCGUGGAACGCGGCGCUGGUCGAGAGCGUGAUGGACCAAAUUGCACAGCAGCAGUCGAUUCUCGACUCGCUCGCGUCCGACGCGUCGACGUCGGAAGAGGAGCACUUUCGCCUGAACCUCGUGCAGCUCGACGUGGAGCGUGCCAAGUGGCUGAUGCGCAGCUACCUGCGCGCGCGCCUCGCCAAGAUCGAAAAGCACGCCGCCCACCUCAUGGCGCACCGCAGCGAGCAGCAGCGACUGAGCGACGUGGAGCUCGGCUACGCGCGGCGGUACCACCAGCUGAACUCGGACCACUUUCACUCGACCGUGCUCCAGUUCCUUCCCGAGCCGAUGCGGGGCAUGCAGGACGCGGCGCCCGGCGCGGCGCCCGGCAGCACGGCCGGCGGCAUGGUCACUGCGCCGAAUCUCGACGCGCCCGUCUUUGUCUACUGCCGCGAAGACUGCGGCCCACUGCGGCUGCCCGAUGGUGAGCCGGCGGUCCUUGCGCGCGGCACGAUCCACCUGCUGCGGUAUCGUGCGGUGCGCACGCUGCUGCACCAGCGGCGUGUCGAGCUGUUGUAG